AUGGCGGCGCUGCGGGGCCUGCGGGCGCUGCCGGGGCUGCGGGCGCUGCCGGGCCCGGCCCCGCUGUUCCCGUUCCCGGUAUCCCCGGUAAUUCCACUAUCCCGGUGUCCCUGUCAUUGUUCCCGGGCCGCUCCCGUCCCCGCCGGGCGCUGGCGGUGCUGGGGGCGCUGGCUGGGGGGGGGUCCCUGUCCCGGUCCCUGUGUCACCCCAGUGUCCCCAUGUCCCCCCCAGGUGUCCCUGUCGUCGUUCCCGGGCCGCUGCCGCCCCCGCCGGGCGCUGGCGGUGCUGGGGGCGCUGGCCGGGGGGGGGUCCCUGGCCGUGGCCCUGUCGCUGUCCCUCGGGGGGGGCCCCCUGAGCGCGGGGGAGCUGGAGCUGCACCCCCCGAGCCUGCCCUGGAGCCACGGCGGCUACCUGGCUGCGCUGGACCACGCCAGUGUCCGCAGGGGGUUCCAGGUGUACCGCCAGGUGUGCUCUGCCUGUCACUCCAUGGAGUUUUUGGCCUUCCGGAACCUCAUCGGCGUCACCCACACCGAGGCUGAGGCCAAGGCGCUGGCAGAGGAGGUGGAGGGGCAGGACGGCCCGGAUGAGAACGGGGAGAUGUUCAUGCGGCCCGGGAAGAUCUCGGAUUAUUUCCCCAAGCCCUACCCCAACCCCGAGGCCGCGCGGGCGGCCAACAACGGGGCGCUGCCCCCCGACCUGAGCUACAUCGUCAACGCCAGGCACGGGGGCGAGGACUACGUGUUCGCGCUGCUGACGGGGUACUGCGACGCCCCCGCGGGGGUCUCGCUGAGGGAGGGGCUCCAUUACAACCCCUACUUCCCGGGCCAGGCCAUCGGCAUGGCCCCCCCCAUCUACGACGAGGUGCUCGAGUUCGAAGACGGUACGGGGGGCUGGGGGGCUGGGGGCGGUGGGGUGGGUCUGGGGUCCCUCGGGUGGGUCUGGGCUCCCUCGGGGCGGGGCUGGGCUCUCAGUGCCCCCCGCCCACAGCUGCUGCUGCUCUCGGGGCUGCUCGUGCCCCUGCUGUACUACAUGAAGCGCCACAAGUGGUCGGUGCUCAAGAGCAGGAAGAUGCUCUACCGGCCCCCCAAGUAGGGGCUGCCCCCCAGACCCGGCCCGGGGGGCUCCGAGCCCCCCAAAUCCUGUUCUGGGGGGGCUCCGAGCCCCCCAAAUCCCGUUCUGGGGGGGCCCCGAGCCCCCCAAAUCCCGUUCUGGGGGGG